UUUUUGAUUCAAAUUGAGUUCAGUGUCGUAUGUGACGUGACGUUGACAAAGACGAUUUUCUUUUUCACCAAGCAUCGCUAGGUUAAUGUUAAUUCAAUUUCUUUUUUAAUUCCUGUUUUUUUCAUAUCUAAAAUCAUCAAGCAAAGUUGAACAAUGAGUGGGCCUCAAGAAAAUUUAACAAAUCGUCGAGGGGUGGUAAAGCAAGUUUUAUCUGGUGAUUCGGUAAUCAUUCGCGGUCAACCGAAAGGCGGACCCCCACCGGAGAAGCAGAUCAAUUUUACCAAUGUGAUUGCACCGAAAUUGGCAAGACGACCGAAUAAUGCCAAUGAUGAUUCGAGAGACGAGCCAUGGGCGUGGGAGGCUCGCGAAUUCCUUCGUGCAAAAUUGAUCGGUGAGGAGGUGUACUUUUCAUGCGAACGUCCGCCGAAUUCCACCCGUGACUAUGGAACGUUGUACAUCGGAAGCGAUCCGAACACGUCCGUCAAUGUAACCGAACUCAUGGUAUCUGAAGGUUUAUUGUCCGUCCGACGGGAAGGCGUUCGCAUCACGGAGGAAUUGCAGAAACUUAUCACCCUCGAAGAUGCGGCUCGUGCUGCUGGCAAAGGUAAAUGGGGAACGUCACCUACCUACGAACAUGUGCGCAACAUCAAAUGGACGCAAGAAAAUCCGAGAAAUUUCGUCGAUCAAGCGAAUGGAAAACCAAUUCGUGCUAUCAUCGAGCAUGUCCGCGAUGGAUCGACUGUGCGAGCCUUUUUGUUGCCUGACUUCCAAUACAUAACCCUAAUGAUUUCGGGUAUUCGGUGUCCUGGUUUCAAAUUGGACGCUGACGGCAAACCUGAUCCCAAAGUGCAGGUCAAGUAUGCAGAAGAAGCUCGGUAUUUCGUCGAAUCCAGGUUAUUGCAGCGUGAAGUUGAAAUUGUGUUGGAAUCGGUGAACAAUGCCAGUUUUGUCGGUACAAUUUUAUUCCCGAAAGGAAAUAUCGCCGAAGCUUUACUACGUGAAGGAUUCGCCAAAUGCGUUGACUGGAGUAUGGCUUUCAUGAAAACCGGCGCUGACAAGCUUCGUUUGGCCGAACGGCAAGCAAAGGAAAAGAAAGUUCGUGUCUGGGAAGACUACCAGUCGAACGCACAAAUCUUUACCGGCAAAGAAAAGGACUUUACUGGAACCGUCAUUGAGGUUUUCAAUGGUGACGCUAUCAAUGUGAAAACAACAGCUGGUUCCAUUAAAAAAGUUUUCAUUGCCAGCAUUCGACCACCAAGAGAAGCAGCCAGCGUUCCCGAUGAAGAGGGCAAAAUUGCACCUCGUCCGGCAAAAAAGACCCGUCCAUUGUACGAUGUGCCGUGGAUGUUCGAAGCGAGAGAAUUUCUGCGAAAGAAAUUGAUUGGCAAAAAGGUACAAUGCAAUUUAGAUUAUAUUUCACCUGCGCGAGACAACUUCCCAGAAAAAUGUUGUUACACGGUUACAGUCGGAGGAGUAAAUGUUGCCGAAGCAAUGGUUGGCAAGGGCUUAGCCACAGUAGUUAGGUAUCGCCAAGACGAUGAUCAACGAUCAUCACGCUACGACGAACUGCUAACAGCCGAAGCGCAGGCCGUCAAAGGGUCCAAGGGUGUUCAUUCGAAAAAAGAAGGUCAAUCGCAUCGCAUCAAUGACCUUACUGUUGACCAUUCCCGCAUCAAACAACAAUACCUGCCAUCGUGGCAACGAGCGCUCCGUACCGAAGCCAUCGUUGAAUUUAUUGCAAGCGGUUCACGGUUUCGAGUCUACAUACCGAAGGAUUCGUGCUUGGUAACAUUCCUGCUUGGUGGUAUUACAUGUCCACGAUCUUCGAGACCGUCGGUAAAUGGAGCACCCGCCCAGGAAGCGCAACCGUACGGUGAUGAAGCACUGGCCUAUGUCAGAGAUAAAAUUCUACAACGAGAUGUUAGCAUUCACAUCGAAUCGACGGACAGAAAUGGUCAAGCUGUUAUCGGCUGGCUGUGGACUGACAGCAAUGUAAAUCUGUCCGUUGCAUUGGUCGAAGAAGGUCUCGCCUCCGUUCACUUUAGUGCAGAAAAAUCCGAUUAUGCCCGCCAAUUGAAAACAGCUGAGGAUUCGGCAAAGGCUCAACGGAAAAAUAUUUGGAGCACGUAUGUGGAAGAGGAAAAAACCGAAGAGCAACACGACGAAAAAGAAGACAAAGUGACUGAACGAAAGGUUAACCAUGAAAAGGUGCUGGUCACCGAAAUUGUUUCCGACUUGAAAUUCUUCGCUCAACACACUGAACAAGGGGCGAAAUUGGAAUCAUUAAUGGCAAAGUUGAGGCAAGACUUCCAAGUAUCCCCGCCAAUCACCGGUGCAUACACACCGAAACGAGGCGACUUAUGUGCGGCUCAAUUCUCUGAAGACAACGAAUGGUACCGUGCCAAAAUCGAAAAAGUUCAAGGAACCAACAUUUCUGUUUUCUACGUCGAUUAUGGUAACAAGGAGACUGUUCCAUCAACCCGCCUUGCCACUCUACCACCUGCCUUCUCAUCCGACAAAUUUUAUGCCUCCGAAUACUCGUUGGCAUUUUGUAAGCUGCCUACAGACGAGGAUGAUAUAACUGAAGCAGGCAGAGCUUUCGCCCAGGAUGCUCUCAACCGUAAACUGUUACUGAAUGUUGAGUACAGGGUAAACGGCGCUCCAUUUGUUUCGCUAACCGAUCCUGACACAAAUGCUGACGUCUUCAAGGGACUUGUUACCGAUGGUUUGUUGCUGGUUGAAAAACGUCGCGAGAAGAGACUGUCGAAGCUGAUUGACGAAUAUAAAGCAGCUGAAGAUUUGGCUAAGAAGCAACAUUUGGGUAUCUGGGAAUACGGAGAUAUUACUGAGGAUGACCAUGACGGUCGUUAAAUAUCGAAUUGGCACAGCAUUUUGUUGCAAGAUACACCCAUCUUUUAAAUGGAUUUUUUUUUCAUCCAUUGCAGCAACAGCUGACACAAAAUUUAAAACAGAAAAUUUUAAAGUUGUUUUUAAAAAAAGAAAAUGUCACGUUGUCCUUUUGAUUUGAUUUUAAUUUUUUUUUGCAUGUAAAUUAUUUUGUAGCCUUCGUUCUUUAUCUUGCAUUAAAUUUGAAACGAUAUAUUCAUUCAUCCAACGAAUUGUGUAUCUCUGCUAAACAUGUCUGGGAAACGUUAUAACGGAUCGCGGGGCUGAUUGGUGGAAUUUAAUCUAAAAAUUAAUUAUAUGAGAAAAAAACAGUUUAUUAAAAGAAAAAAGAAAAUUCAAAAUAAAAGACAGAAAUGAUUUGUAA